CGAGGUUUCUCAGAGAUGGAGAAUGAGGAGGUUGUUCUGUUGGAUUUCUGGGCAAGUCCCUUCGGGACGAGAGCCAGGUUCGCUUUGGCUUUGAAAGAGAUAAACUACGAGCACAGGGAAGAAGAUUUGAGCAACAAGAGUGAUUUUCUUUUGAAAACCAACCCGGUGCAUAAGCAAAUCCCGGUUCUCAUCCACGAGGAGAAACCCGUCUGCGAGUCGCUCGUUGUGGUUGAGUAUAUUGAUGAGAUUUGGCCUCACAAAUCUCCUCUGCUCCCUCUUGAUCCUUACCAAAGAGCCACUGCUAGAUUCUGGGCUGAUUUCAUCGAAAAGAAGAUAUGUAGUCUCGAGACCAGGAAAGUAUGGACAGGAAAGGGUGAAGAGCAAGAAGCAGCAAAGAAAGUGUUCGUCGAGGGCUUGAAACUGCUGGAAGGAGAGCUCGGAAACAAGGCUUAUUUCGGCGGCAAAAAUAUCGGUUAUGUCGAUGUCGUGUUGGUUCCGAUGUAUAGCUGGUUUUAUACCUACGAAAAGUGUGGGAAUUUCAGCUUCGAAACCGAAUGUCCGAAGCUGGCUGCUUGGGCUAGAAGGUGCAUGGAGCUAGAGAGUGUUUCCAAGUCCCUGCCUGAUCAAGAGAAAAUCUACGAGUAUGCUUUGCAAUUGAAGAAAAGGUUCGGUUUUGAGUAAAGUUUAAGACAAGAGCAAGAGCAUGUUAUUAACUAUGUUUUGAAAUAAAUGAGGGCACUUAGUUGUGCUUUGGGA